CAAAACGCUGAACAGCUUAUCAAGUCAUUCCAGAUCAAUGCAUGGCUGGUAUCGAUAUAGGGAAAACUAGUCGGGGAUACCAUCGGUAUUAACACAGCUGGAGUACAAAUGUUCAGUCUCCUUAAGUUUGUUUUUUGUUUGUAAGAUUCGUUCAUUCUUACAGCUUAAUUUCAUUGGAGUGCUUAAGACGAUAGCAUGUAAAAUGUUUCGCACACAGGCGAGUUCUACAUCUACUGCCAGUAUUUGGAAGAAACGCGGAGAAGCUUAAUAGAGGAUUUCUUGCUGAGAUAUCUCUUUAGUUCUUUCAUUAAAACUGCGUUUUGAAAAUUUACCAUAUGUUUUACUUCGAGAUAGAUCAUUGUAUUAAUUGGAAAGAAUGUUAAUUCCAAGUAACAGGAUGAUUAAGAUGUGAUUUCUAUUAGAAAACUUGCUAAUUGUUAGUGUGUACGGAUAUAACAUGAAUUUCACAAACCCAUUUUAUCAGAAAGCGGGCAGCAAGGAGACAUCUACUACAAUGAACACAACGACUGUUAACGGGUUCGGAAAUAUGUCCAACAGAGGUUUACCGCGGGAAAUGACUUUCAACGACGACAAUGUUAUGUCUGUGAUAGCUUAUUCGUGUCUCUUUAUAUUCGCUGCUACUGGAAAUUUAAUCGUGCUCGUGACUCUGCUAAAAAGUCGGAGAUACAAAUCUAGAGUGAAUACAUUCAUUAUGCAUUUGUCCAUAGCCGAUUUAAUUGUAGCUUUUGUUAUGUUACCUUUGGAAACUGCAUGGCACAUUACUGUGUCUUGGAAAGCUGGGGAUGCGGCAUGUCGGAUUUUGAUGUUUUUUCGCGCUCUUGGAUUUUAUCUUUCGUCCUUUGUUUUGGUCACAAUAAGUUUAGACCGUUAUUUUUCCAUUGUCCAUCCCAUGAGCAUACACGACGCCGACAGAAGAGGCAAGAUUAUGCUUACCAUGGCAUGGUUACUUAGCGUCAUCGCUAGUCUGCCUCAGAGUAUCAUUUUUCAUGUGGAGCGUCAUCCCAAAUUCACGUGGUUUGAGCAGUGCGUGACGUUCAACUUUUUCCCGACAGAGCAACACGAACUAGCGUACAACUUAUUCAACGUAAUCACUGUGUACCUGUUACCACUGGUCAUCAUCACAACUUCAUAUUCUCUCAUUCUAUACAAAGUGUCUAAAACAGCCAGACGAGACGAAGAGGAACGACGCGAGUUUGGCCUUUAUACACAUCGGUCACACACAUACCCGCUUUCCAGAAGUGGCCUCAUAUCAUGUACUCGGGCUGGAAUCAUCGGGAAGGCCCGAAUCAGAACAUUAAAAAUGACACUGGUUAUAGUGACGGUUUUCGUCCUGUGUUGGACUCCAUAUUUUCUCAUGGUGUCCUGGUUUUGGAUCGACAAAGAAUCAGCUAAAAAUAUUGAUACCAAAGUUCAAAGAGGCCUUUUCAUCUUUGCCGUGUCCAGUGCGUGUCUUGAUCCCAUUGUUUAUGGUAUGUUUACAACUGCAUUCCGGAAAGAGGCUCGGAGAUGGAUUGGGUGGUUUAAAGACCGAUUAAACCGAAUGGGUUUAUACACUUUGACCCCAAAUACAGCAAGCGAGCAGGAAAAUUUCAAAUAGCCGAAUAUUCACAAGGAGCCUUCGACCAUUGAAUUGUUUUAUUUACAUAACGUUGAUGAAGAGAAAGAAUGACAUAUCAGAACGUAUUGGAGGAAGAUAUAUUUUACCAUAUUUUGUUUAUUAAGCAUGUUAUUCGUACAAGGCAAUAUCAUUUACAAGGCCGAAAAAUUAUGCGGAACAAACUUUUGAACAAUGUUAUUGUAAGCCUUGAAUUUGGCCACAAUUGAAAUAAUUAUUUUCAUCCCAUUUCAGAAUUUUUUUCAUCAUCUGCUAAAAGAAUUGUUUUUAAUCAUUGCGAAGGAAUCGUUUCCUUCUUCCCCUUUUUCUUUUAAAGUGAUAUCAAUCUAUUAAAACACAAAUAGUUGGUAAUAGAAUAAUGCCGUCCCUUCGACGUAUUUUAAUUUCAUUUGCUUACAUAAAUAUAAAUUAAUUAGAAAUACGUCAUUUCGAUGUUUUAGCUGUAUCAAGACUUUUCUUUUUGAAGUGUAAUGAUUAUCGGCACAUCAUCACACGUUUAUUUGUUGGAAUUGUUGAUGAGUUGUAUAGGACUGUCAUUAUUGUAUUGUCGGCACGCGAUUAAACACAUUUGAGAAGACCAAAAUACAUAUUCUGAUUGAGAGAUAAUGAACAGCUUUUCUCGAUAAACUUAAUGUCGAGAGCGUAAUAGAGCAUUAAAAGGACGUGUCCUUUCGACACGCAAUUUGAUAAGAAACAGAAUUAUCUUAACGCUCAGUUACAUAUCGACUAGAUUUCUAAUAAAAUUGGACCCUCGUUUCAUUUCCGCUAAUGUAUUGUAUGACAGUGGUAUCAGAAAUAAAAAGAAAAUGUUUAUUUUUGGAAAAUAAGUUUGGUGUUUUGAGACAUCAAUGGAAUACUUACUUAAGUGAAAUUCCCAUCACCAUCCUUCCUUUAUUUUAUUGUAUCAUUAGAAUUUAACUGUAUGCACGGAAAUGCACAUGUAAAAAAUAUUUCUUAAUGAGCAAAGUAUUAGAAUGAAAUUCAAAAAAAGAUGUUUUAAAGAAAGUUCAUUAUAAGACAUUCUGGCAAUUCUAAAUUUGAUUUUACAUGUGCAUAAUGAUUAAUAGAUAGGUUGCAAUAACUAAAUUGGAAAGACUUGUAUGUAUACUGUACAUAAUCACAUACAAAAACUUACGUGGAAAUCAGCAUUCAGUUAAUUACAUGUAAAUAUGUGUUCAAUUUUAAUGCACAAACACCUAACUGUUUUAUCACAGUAGAGAAUUAUUUGAAUUAACGAUAUAACAUUCCAUCAUUUUAUACAAUGUAUUUCUGUUGAAUGACAUUUGAUGAUAAAUCUCGUCAUCAGUCUUAAA